UCUUCGCAUCCCUCUCAUGGCCAGUGAGGCCAUCGUCUCGGGAGUCGUCGCCGACAUGGUCGGCAGGCUCGUGUCCCUCGCCGCCGGCCAGCUGCUGGACCGGAGAGGCGUCGAGGAGAAGCUGCGGAGGGUACGGCGCCUGCUCGUCAGGAUCGAGAGCGCGGUGGAGGCGGCCGAGGCGAGGCGGGUCACCGGCCGCGCGCUCCUCGCGUGGCUCUCGGAGCUCGCCGACGGCGCGCACCGGGGCCGCUACUUCCUCGACGCGUUCGCCGGUGAUCGGUCGGCGGAUGGGAUCACGGACCACGAGGGACGCGAGGUGGCGCGGCCGAAUCCAUCCAACCCGGCUAAGCGGCUGCGCGUCGCGGCGAGGAGGCUGGUGUUCCGCGACGGCGGGGCGGCCGCGGAGCUCGAUGGUGUUCUUGCGGACCUAGAGAGUGUCUCCGGCGAUCUCACGGGGUUUAUUAUGAUGCUGCAGAGCUGCCCGCCGGCGCUGCACCGGCCGCUGGCCACGAACAUCUACGCGGACAGCCAGAUGUUUGGCCGGCAAGUCGAGAGGCGCCGCGUCUUCGACUUCUUGCUGCAUGACGGCGACGACGACGACGGCGAGCCGGCGGAGGCAGAGCUCGGCGUCCUCUCGAUAAUCGGCCGAUCCGGCCUCGGGAAGACCACGCUCGUGCAGCACGUCUGCGACGACCCCGCGGUGCGCCGCCGCUUCUCGCCGACCAUCCUGGUGGACUUCCACUGCUUGAGCCUCAUGGCAGCCGGCGAGACAACGGCACUCCUUCGCUCCCUGUUCACCGCCGCCGCCGGCACGGCGAGCGCUGGCAUCUCCGGCGUCGUCAGCGAGAAGCUGAAACUUCUCGAGCGGAACCUGCGAGGCAAGAGGCUUCUCGCCGUGUUCGACAGCGUCGACGCGCGCAGGAGGCCGGUGAUCGACGCGAUCAUGCCGACGCUGCGCCGCGGCCGGCGAGGGAGCAAGGUCAUCGUGACGAGCACCGACGCCCGGCACGUCGCGGGCCUCGCCACCGCGGAGCCCAUCGCCCUGCGUCCCCCGCCGCCGGCGGAGUACUGGUUCUUCUUCAAGGCGCACGCCUUCGCCGGCGCGGACACCGAGGCGGACCCGCGGCUGGCGGCGGCGGGGCAGGCCAUCGCCGAGAGGCUACGCCUGCGCGCGUCCUUCUUCGGCGGGAAGAUGCUGGGCGCGCUGCUGCGGUGGCGCCCGGACCACCGCCUCUGGCGCCGGGUGCUGAGCAGCGGUGCCGCCGACCUGCCGUUCCUCGGCAGCGGCGACUACAUCGCCGCCGCGGCCAGCUGCUUGUUCCCGGCGCACCUGACCUUUCGCGGCGUCACAGUGUCCCGCUCGCUAUUGAGGGGUCUCGUUGACCUCCAUGACUCCUCCUUGAUUACACCUCCCGACUCCGGCUGCCGCCGGCGCCGCCGCUCGCCGGAGUUGUCCGUGCUGGUGUGCAAAUCACUCUUCCCUUCCUACUGCCUUUACUACGCCGCGCAUUGCACGAUCGAUGACGAUGAUACGGACAGCAAACAGUAAAACUUUUCUGCACGGAUAGUGCCAACAAUUUGCAUACUGUUCGUGGAAGAAUUUUUGCUCGAGAAAUUGAUGGUCUGAAGAAGACAGGACGGCUGCUGCUCAUGGUCUCUUUCAUUGAUUCAACUUGUUCACCGGGUUCCAAAAUCCAAAUCAUCAAGUAAGCCUAUGGACGUGUAAAGUUUUUUUUUUCUUUCUCAAGAAGACAAGUGUACUUGCUUUUGAGCAUUAUGGUCAUAUGGUCACGUUUUUCUUUUUCUGGAGAAAUGCAGAGUAGUUUAUAUGAAAAACCGGACCUAAAAACAUUACAACUCUCGGUUAAUUAAUUAAAAACUACU